CCAACACAUCACUCACACCUCUCCACGACGCAAAUGACACAUGUGGUCCACUAAAUGUUCCACCUGGAGGUGUUUUGGGGGCAGCUUAGUACAGAGGGGGCUUCCAGAGUAGGUGGAGGAAUUGAGACACAUGAGGUCACAGAGCUACUGCCUCUCCCCCUUCAAAAAAGACCACUCUGCCCCCAUUUAUUGCACAGUCUACAGGAAGUUGACAGAAGGUGUCAGCGGCACAGCACAGUAUGUGGUGGAGAGUCUGCAGCUUGCUGGUUUGGUUCCCCUUACAAGAGGCCCUGGUCCUGGAGCAGACGGAGACGGAGACGGGGACAGCAGAGACGGUGACUGUGGAGGAAGGGCAGCCGGUGCCGCUGCACUGCGCGAGCGCACACGCUGGCACCACCGCGCUGCAAUGGCUAGCCCCGUCGGGGUUCACCAUCUUUCUUAAUGAGGUUCCUGCUUUAAAAAACACCAAAUACCAGCUUCUUCGUCACUCCCCCAGCCAGCUCUCCAUCAGCGUGCAGAAUGCAGUCCCACAAGACGAAGGCGUGUACAAGUGUUUACAGUACAGCGACUCUGUGAGAACAAAGGAAGUGAAAGUGACUGUACUGGCAACUCCUUUCAAGUCAACCCUGGAAGCAUCAGUCAUCAGAAUGCAAAACGGAGAUGAACAUGUUAUACUUAACUGUUCCACCACAAGAAGCAAGCCCCCUCCACAGAUAACCUGGCGCUUAGGGAAUGGCAUAGAGAUCUAUGGUGAAACCUCUCAUCAAUUUGACGCUGAUGGGAAGAAGUGUAACAGCAGCAGCACACUCAGAGUCCACGCGCAUGGCCAAGACUCCACAGUGGACUGCAUCGUCCGACACCCAGGCCUCCAAGGACAGAGGCUGGUAGCAUCUUCCCGGCUUGAAGAUUUGGUUACUGCUCAAAAGACAGCUUCAGGCGCCCUGGAGAACAGCUCUCUGCCCUCUCAAGACCCUCAGCAGUCUACUAGUACCGUCUCGGUGAUAGAAGAUUUUAAGACAUUGGAGACUGACAAGGAAGAAGAAGAACAAACCACACAAGAUCCUGACUUGACCACUGGCACAAAUCCUCACUAUCAAGCACUGAUGAGGAAGAAAAGUGGCAUACUGCUGCUCUCUCUUAUGUCCUUCCUCCUUUUCAUACUCUUCAUCAUCAUCCAACUCUUUAUCAUGAAGCUUCGGAAAGCACACGUGAUAUGGAAAAAAGAAAAUGAAAUUUCAGAACACACUCUAGAAAGUUACAGAUCAAGAUCAAAUAAUGAAGAAACAUCAUCCCAAGAGAAAAAUAGACACACUUCUCAUUCUAGGAGCUGCAUGGACUAUAUCACACGGCUGUAUGCAGAAGCAAAAACAAAAAGGAAGGACAACACACUGCAUUCAAAAUUAAAUGGACAGCAUGCUGCUCACAUACCAGAGAGCAUUGUGUAGUGCUCCCUGCAAGAAAAUAAGUGAUUUCAGGGCAACGACAUCAUGCCUUCUAUGGACAGCUUGUGGGAAGCAGCGUGAUCCCUGUGACAGGGAAAUAUGCCUUGAGUGCAGUACAGGAUGGUGUCGUCCCACAAUCAUCAGUCCCAGGUUCAGGGCAGCAAGAUGAGGCCUAAACCAUGGGCAUAAAGCUCUGUAGUUUAAAAACUAAGUGACCUAUUAUACCUCACACUACUUCAGAGCAGGAAGAUGCUACUGAGCCCUGCGAUCUGGGUCAACAUGACCCAUUAGCAUGUUACUGUGAAAGAAAUAACAGUUUUUAGGUGGAAUUGGUGGAACUGCUUAAAAAUUAAAAGAAAA